AUGGCCACGACAGGCGUGUCCAUCACGCCUGCAACGGCCAUCGCAGCCGCUCCGCCACCACUGGCCAUUGGCCCCGCGUUGGCUGCCCGGCCAUCCGUAGCUCCUUCGCCUGGCCCAGGCACGCCCGGCUCGAUUACUUCCAGGGAAUGGGUGAUUCCACCUCGCCCCAAGCCCGGUCGCAAGCCUGCGACUGAUACACCACCAACCAAGCGCAAGGCUCAGAACCGCGCCGCCCAGCGAGCGUUCCGAGAGCGAAGGGCAGCGCGGGUCCAGGAACUUGAGGAGCAAAUGAAAGAGAUCGAGGAUGGUCACGAACUCCGCAUCGCCGCUUUCACCGAGCAGAUCGGCAACUUGUCCAGAGAGGUGGAACAGGCCCGGGAGGAGGUGAACUGGUGGCGCGACCGAUGUCAUUCCCUGGAGAAGGAAGUUUCUAUCGAACGAAGUGCCAAGGAGGCUCUAGUCAAGGAAUUCCGGUCUUCCGUGUCUGCCUCGAGUAGCCACCACAAAUCUUCCACUAUCCCCGACUCGGUGCCUCUACCACCACGCAAUCGCCCGUCAACCAGAGGCUCCCGCAUGGAGGAUGUGGUCCCGACCAGCGUCGACCAGAACAAGGAACAGGGCCAGGAAAAUGUGCCCUUAGGAUGUAACAGCUGCACUUCUACGCACUGCCAGUGUAUUGAAGACGCGUUCGGGAUGCCGAUCGAUACCCACGAGUCGUCUCGUGCUAGACAUCCCCCUCACGGUGUUGGCAGCCCCGUCCGGGAGAACUCGGAGCCGGAGAUCAAGCCUGACCCAGAGGAGAUGGAAAUCGAUUUUACAUCUCGGUUUGCUGCUGUUCCCGUGCAGGCAAACUCCAACUCCAACAGCAACAGCAACAGCCACAGCCACAGCAAUGCCUCUUCGCCACCCGUCGACCCUUGUGGCUUCUGCCAGGACGGCACACCUUGCAUCUGUGCCGAGAUGGCCGCCCAGGAGCAACAGCAGCAGCAGCAACAGCAGCAACGUGGCGCGCGCAACUCUUUCGAGAGCAACCGUCUUGCUCCUAUCCAGUCUAUCUCUCAGUUCACUCCUCCCCCUUCCGACGGCGAUGUCCGUUCUGAGAUGACUCUCCCGCCAAUCAGCCAAGCGACCAAUCCCUGCGCCAAUGGCCCCGGUACUUGCGCCCAAUGUCUUGCCGAUCCUCGGAGCACCCUCUUUUGCAAGACGCUGGCAGCCUCCCGGUCAGCGAGCGGAACUCCAGCGGGAGGAGGAUGCUGCGGCGGCAAGGGAGCCGACGGGGGAUGCUGCAUGUCGCGCAAUGCCCCCGCCCCCUCGACCGCGCGUAACAACCCCUCCAUGCCUCCGCAAUCUGCCGCACCCAAGCACCCUACGCCCAGUGCGCUCACCUUGAGCUGUGCCGAUGCCUUUACUACGCUUUCUCGCCACCCGAACUUCAACCGGGCCAGCGACGAGAUCUCAACGUGGUUGCCUAAGCUGCACACCCUCCCCAACCCGCAAGAUCUGGCGCGGCCUGCUAUGGAAGUCGAAGCAGCCAGCGUCAUGGGUGUGCUUCGCUACUUUGAUCGGCGCUUUGCCGAUAAAUAA